UCCCGGCCUUAUUUUUUGGGUCUCCCCCCGCUGGGGGCUCGCCGGGGGAGGCGGGAGCCCGCGGACCCUCCUGCGGCGGCACUGCGGCUGCCGGCAGGCCGCGGGGAGGCUCCCCGGCCCGGGAAGCCCCGGCCCGCCGCAGCGGCACUCCCCGCUCCGCUCCGCCGGAGGAAGCUCGGCCCUCCCCGGCCUGCCCCGCUCAUUAGCCCGUGACGGGGGGACGGAGGGAGGCAGGCCCGGCCAGCCCAGCCCCCGCCCCGCCGUCCCUCCUCCCCGCCCCGCUCCCAUUCAUUCCCAGCCCCUUCCUCUGCGCUCCUUUCCCUUCCCCGGCGCUGCCGGCCCGGCCGCCUCCCCGCCCUCCCCGAGAGCCCGGCAGCGGGAAGGGCCCUUCGCGCCGCAGCCAUGGCCGCCGAGGGGGUGGACGAGCGCUCCCCACUGCUCUCCGCGCCCGGCUCCGGCAGCGUCACCCCCACCGCGCCGCCCUAUCUGCCGGACAGCAGCCCCCGAGCAGAGCUUCCUCCUCCGUAUACUGCCAUUGCAAGUCCAGAUGCCAGCGGUGUUCCUGUAAUAAACUGCCGUGUGUGCCAGUCGCUAAUCAAUUUGGAUGGCAAGCUACACCAACAUGUUGUUAAGUGCACAGUUUGCAAUGAAGCUACGCCAAUCAAAAACCCUCCUUCAGGGAAGAAGUAUGUUAGAUGUCAAUGUAACUGUCUCCUUAUCUGUAAGGAUACGUCUCGGAAAAUAGGCUGUCCAAGACCAAACUGUAGACGCAUCAUUACUCUUGGUCCAGUAAUGCUGAUCCCAGAAGAGCAGCCAGCUCAGCCUGCCUUGCCAGUUCAACCAGACGGAACUAGAGUGGUAUGUGGGCACUGUGGAAAUACGUUCCUUUGGAUGGAACUGAGGUUUAACACGCUAGCAAAAUGCCCACACUGCAAAAAAAUUUCUUCUGUUGGAAGUGCACUGCCACGGAGACGCUGCUGCGCUUAUAUUACAAUUGGAAUGAUAUGCAUCUUCAUUGGAGUUGGAUUAACUGUUGGAACACAAGAUUUCGCCAGGCGGUUUCACGCAACAUAUGUUUCUUGGGCUAUUGCUUAUCUCUUAGGUUUAAUCUGCCUCAUUCGAGCCUGCUAUUGGGGAGCCAUUAAAGUCAGUUAUCCAGAGCACAGUUUUGCGUAGAGAAAUUGUUAGAUUAUAGCAGAUGAACAUCUAGUAAUUCUGGAUAUUACAUCUUGGACACUUUUAAAACCUUUCCUGUAAGGAUUCCAUUCUGUUUAAAGUAGUUUUAAGACUGGGGGUCUCUAAGAACAAAUGUUCAUUGCACUACAUAAUAUGCAAAUAGUUUGUUUUGCUGCUAGAUUCCCUAGCUCUGAAUACUAAAGCUGUGUUUACAUGUUCAUAACUCUGUCUUUAUAGGUGUUGAAUUUUAUUUCAACAGACAGUAUUAAGUUUUACAUUUCCUUUGUUAUGUUAAAAUCCGUCUGCCAUUUUUCUAGACGAUCAGUAAGAAUUCAAAAGCAAGAGUGUUUAUAAGUGUUUCUACAGUAGCUUCACAUUUGUACUUAACAUUUUAACUAAAAUUAUAUUAAAGUGGCUUGCUUGAAAACCUAAGCAAUAAGCAUUUUGCUUGAACUGCUUACUGUAUCUUUUGCCUAAGAUCAUAGUGACCUUAUUCAGGAAAUGAAGGUUAUGAGUGUACUUCAAAAGACUGACACUGUUGCUAGAGAGACAUUUGUAAACACUGUAUGCUUUGAGAUUUUUCAGGUAGAGAGAUGCUAUUUUGGUAGUCCAGUAAAAUUUCCAUUUAUCCAGGAUUGGAUUUCAGUUAGGAUAAAUGAUUUCUUCCCAAGGAUCCUGGGACUUAGGUGUUUGGGUUUGGGUUUUUUUUGACUGGCAAAUCCUAAAAGCCAUGCUCGGAUUAUGGAACUUAACUCCGCUUAUUCGUACAAGUUCCUUUACAGGGUCUAAGGGAAGCAUUUCGUAUGAGUUGUUUCAUAAUACUUCAGUGUCACGUAGGUGACAAUAAGAUGGUGAUGGGUUGCCUCUUACUUUCCUCUGAUCGUGUCAGGUUUUCCCUGUUUGGGAGAGUUAUGCAGUGGUCACUGCAAAGGGAGACACUGUAAAUUCACAUUAACUGCUGUAAUAAGAAAAUGAGUAAACUAUUACUUGGACCAUUCCAUCAAAGUACAUCUAGUCAAUUUAGCACUGACUUGCUAAGAGAAUACGGAAACAGAAAGUUUUUUCUAAUGAUGUAUUCACAAAGGAUUGAGGGACCAGUUCUUGCACUGCCCAUCUUUAUAAUUUUAAACAAGUUUUUGCUAAAUUCGGAAGGAAUGUCCUGAGUGAUUUAGAUGACUGUAGUAAUUUAGAUAAUGGGGUCAGAUGGGUAAAUUAAUGUGGAUGUUUCAGGGAUACAUGUAAUUUAAAUUAUCUAUGUUCCUGCUAGGACAAAAUGAUAUUCAGAUAAGGAUUUUGGAGCACAAUAAAUGUAAAUGAUCAAACUGUAAAUGAUCUGUCUUUGUAUGAUGCUAAAUGUAUAAAAGCAGUAGCUCAGGAUUACAAUGUACCUUUUACAAAUAAACUAAUAAAGAAAUAAAGAUUAUUAUUCAAACUUAA